GCGACGCACACGCUCAAUCAUAUGGUAAUUCCGUCACAGCGUAAGACCAGGGGUAGUUCAAGACAGUAUACAAGCGUUCACCUCGAGCCUGUGUAUGUCUGUAAAAUUAGUAAAUAAAAAUAAGUUGAAGUGUAAGGAAAUUAAGUGUCACGUCACAGUGUUGUGCGCAUCUCUAGUCAAAUGACUUGAGAAGCUCCAAACUUGCAGAAAAUUGUUAUCUACCGGGUAAAGCAGGCUCAUGGCUUUAUCAGAGAGUGAGGAGAUCCUUGCUCAGCUCAUUCCGCCUCGCCAGCCAGGAGCUGAACUCCAAAUUAAACGCGUGUCACCACAAAAAUCGAUGGAGUUGGACAUUAAUCUUUUUUUUCAGCGCAUAAUCCUUAUAAGUGCGCCAAAGGUCUUGGGUCUCACCAUAAAGCCUUAUGAUGAAUCUUGUUUUCUGGGAUACGAUUUUUCUUCUUACAGGGUCCUUUUUUAGCUAUGGACAGCUCCCAGAAAAUUCUACUACAGCCUCAACCACACAAUCUACUGCCACAACAACGGCCACAACAACGGCAAGUCCAGCCACCAGUACCUUGGCCAGCUCCGCCAGCUCUACCGCCAGCUCUACAAUCAGCUCCACCAUCAGCUCCACCACGGGCUUCUCCACCACAACCCGCCACCCAGAGAGAAAGUUUGUAGCGGCGGCGGUUCACUCACACCACUUUGAUGACUGUCCUGACUCUCAUAAUCAGUUUUGUUUCCACGGCACCUGCCGCUUCCUGAUCCUGGAAGAGACCGCAGCGUGCAUAUGCCACCAGGGUUUUGUGGGGAUGCGCUGUGAGCAUGCUGACCUGCUGGCUGUGGUCGCCACCAACCAUGGCCAGCACACGGUGGCCACCAUGCUGGUUCUCUGUGUGGUUGGCUCCGUGUUGCUCAUGCUACUCUUCACCCUCCUCAAUUGCUGGUGGAGGCGUGGAGGCUGUGAGCGAGGCCGGCUGCUGACCUGCUUCUCUGAGAAGCCCAGCAGUAUACUGAAGACCAGGACCUCCUGCUGCCACUCGGAAACCGUGGUUUGAAAGCUGGAUCUGCGGUGUGCCUCAAAUGCCCGUCCCUUGCCCAUCUCCCUCCCAGGCCCUUGCCUAUUGUGUGGAAUUACUUGGACUCAACAUCAGACGGGCAGAGCACUCCCUGUGAUGGAUUUAGAGAUGGAUGCAGUCAUUUCCUCAGUGUUCUACGGAUUGGGACACUAAGCAGACCUGUUAUGAUAGUGGACGAUAGAAGGACCUUGUGUCUCUCUUGCAUGUCGAAAAUCUCCCUGAAGUUAUUGAGAUCACAGACAAAGAGACCGACGAGAGAACGAGGGUGUGAAACAAGACUGAACGAAAAGAUUAACCACACCACAAGAUACAAGCUUGUAAGCAAGUAUUUCGAGUUCAGUGGACUUCUGGCAAAUAAUGUAUCUAUAAACCCAACCUGAACAGUAACUUAACCCUGUGAUAGUGUUAGGAUCUUAAGAAUGAAAAGUAUUAUUAGGAAUGUGACUUUUAAUUGCACAUAUGGUACUUGACCUCCAAGGACAUUUAAAAACACUCAAGGGUUGUCCUCCAUUUUUGUCUUUUAAAUAUAUCACUUUUUAAAACAACUGGUCACGUACAGAAGACAACAAGCACAGUUGUAUUUUAGCCCUGAGUUACAUGGUGUUAGACACUGACAGAGGAGCAAAUCCUCUAAACUAAAUUCUUUUGUUUUUAACAUUUAAUCAUGAGGGGUUUACACAUUUAUUCCACAAGUGGACAAAAAUGGGACAUGAAUUUACGACUUGUGUGUUGAUCAUCAUUAGCUGAGCCACAACACACGGACAAUGA